UGAAUCUCGAUCUCUCAAUUUUUCUCUCGAGCUCCCUCCUCUCCCUCCCUUUGUCAUUCUAGCUGCCUGCUGCCUCCGCAGCGUCCCUCUAGCUCUCUCUGUGCUAACUGCCUGCGCCUUAGACAGACGGGGUGCGCCCAGCGGAGGGAUUAGUUGGGACCUGCCUCGGUGACCCCAUGGCAUCCCCCAGAACCAUAACUGUCGUGGCCCUCUCAGUGGCCCUGGGACUCUUCUUUGUUUUCAUGGGAACUAUCAAGUUGACCCCCAGGCUCAGCAAGGAUGCCUACACUGAGAUGAAACGUGCUUACAAGAGCUAUGUCCGAGCCCUCCCUCUGCUGAAGAAAAUGGGGAUCAAUUCCAUUCUCCUCCGCAAAAGUAUUGGUGCUCUUGAGGUGGCCUGUGGCAUUGUCAUGACCCUUGUGCCUGGGCGUCCCAAAGAUGUGGCCAACUUCUUCCUACUCUUGCUGGUGUUGGCCGUGCUCUUCUUCCAUCAACUAGUCGGUGAUCCUCUCAAACGCUACGCCCAUGCUCUGGUAUUUGGAAUCCUGCUCACCUGCCGCCUGCUGAUUGCCCGCAAGCCUGAAGACCGGUCUUCUGAGAAGAAGCCCUUGCCACCGCCAGGGCAAGCAGGGAAUGCCGGGAAUGCGGAGGAGCAGCCCUCCUUAUAUGAGAAGGCCCCUCAGGGCAAAAUGAAGUUGUCAUAGGAAAGCAGAAGUGCAAAAAGUGAACCUUCCAGGCAGUUGCCUCCAUGACACCCAGGAAGAUGUCAGUGUGUGUUUUUCAUUUGAUUUAUUUAUCUUGAGGGAAAGGGAAAAAAUAUAAUCUGCAAGUUAAUGGUCCUAUUGGCUUGUGUACACCUAUACCCUAAAAUGACCUUCCCACAUAGACAUAUGUGCACCACCUUUAAUCACUUUGGGGCAACUCUCACAUCUUGCUGCAUGUACAUGUAUACGGCUAACUGUUGAAAUGUAUUUGUGAGAUGGACUCCAGCAAGCAUGUGACUAUUUCCCACACAAGAUUAUGUGUGGGAAAAUGUAUUUACUGUCCGUGUGCGUGUGUUUGUGUAUGUGUGUGUGUGUGUGUGUGUGUGUGCACGCACACAGGUGCGAGGAGAAGGCUCUGAUCUUGAACUAAUCCUGCAGAGGUAUCCUUCCCUUUAUAGACUGAUUCUAGUGAGGGCAGAAUAAAAUAAACCUCCUCUAGAGAGAAUCCUACUUACUUCUGGUAUAAAUCAAGUGAUGUAUUCCUGUGGGAUGAGGGAAAUUAAGUUGAAAACUUAAAUUUACCACUUUAGAAGAAAGUUCCUUCAAUUUGAGACACUGAGUUAUACUGAUUAGCUUCCACUGUAACAGUUGUUGAAAUUUUAAAUACUCCAUAUUGAGUUUAAUUAAAAUAAGGGAUAUAUGCAGUCAACACAUAAUCUAAUUCUUCAAGUGAUAAAAUUGGAGUUUUACCUUGCCUUUGCCCUAAACCAACCUACUAAGCUCCUUUGCUCACAGUUUGAAAUUGAAGCAGUAAACUUGUUACCAGACAUCUUUUUUGGGGGGGUUCUUAAGCCAAAAGCUGCCUCACUUCCUACUAUUCUCAGCAGAGAAUCCCAACCUGAUCGGCAGCUGCUCUACUGUUGCGGUUGAGGGAGCAGGGAUUAGUCCUGUUAGAAGUCUGUGAAUCUCAAACUCUAGCUGUUCUCUUCAAUCAUCUGAGACUUGACAGAAGAGCUGUAUCCAGGGUUUCCCUGCCAGACAGAUUCAUUACUCCUAUUGACUCUUCACUGAACUUUGCUAGUGUAAGCAGAGAUCCAAGUUACUCCUGUGGUUGUCUCCUCUACACCUCUUUAUCGUUAUGGUGGCUGGAGUUCAGCAGGGGGAAGGACAUUUGAUAUGGGUUGGUUGGAUUGAGCAGUAUGAAACUUUGCUUUCUUCAUUCCAUACUGCUAUUUCUCCUUGUUAGAUGUGCUUUGAUGGUUUUAACAUUAUU